UAUAGCGCACAAAAAUGACAGCUGCGCCCAAACAAUUCAUUUCCAACAUAUUCAAUAUUGAACAAUAGUAUCAUUUCUAUAUAUAUAUUUGCCGCACAUUUCGUGCAAAAUAUCGUUCUUUAACAAAAAUUGUAUUUUGAUUGUAAAAAAAUUAGAGAAAAAAAAAUUCCACAUUUAGAAUGUCUAAUGUUAAGAAAGUUGACGAUAAAGCAUGGAAAACACCGAAUGAGAUUCUACGAUUACAACGUCUUAAACAAAAACAGAAGGCUCUGCAAGAGCGUCUCGAACGACCACCGGCUUACAGUACUAGAAGUUCUCCAUCCAAAUUUAAAAUUACACCCAGCGAAAAGAGGAAAAAUCCAUUUCUCAAUGAACGAUUUACAUCGGACAAGAAGAAAGCGCGACAAAGUAUUCCAGAUACCACCGAAUAUGUAUCAGAAGAUUCUGUAUUUAAUUUGUUAGCCAAUGUAAGCGAAAAUGAAAUAGCGGCAUCACAUUCUAAGCCAUCGUUAAAUCACAAAGAACCGAAUUCAUUUAUAAAUCUACUCAAUCAAACCGAAGAAGCUGACACAGAAUUAGUCGAAACAGAUGCAGAAAAGCCAACUAGUCAUGUACCAAUCGAUUGGAGUCUAAAAACCAAAUUACGUUUAUUGACCAAAAAACCAGUUCCAGGCGAUCGACUUAAAUGCAAUGAAGAAGCAAGUGGUAUUACAAAUUUUGUGCGGUGUGCCGAUAUAAAAUCAUCUGAGACGAGCGGUUUGGAUAUUUCGCCAGCAGCCCGAUUUCACCAGAGCACCAUGUACUGGCAGCAUCCGCAUUUACCAUGGCUUACAUUAUUUCCGCGCAUGUCAAAAGCAAAUAUUGGAACCACAAUUGGCGAAGCCGAACGAUCAGCUCUUGCACGUGAUUGGGGUGACAGUUUUCGUGCAUUGUUUCAGCUUGUGCGAUCAUUGCAAUGUCCAUAUUUUUAUAUGUGCGCAAAUUCAUUUACAGUGCUCUUUCGAGCCGCUGGAAUUGGCGGAAAACAUGAAACACACGCAUUGUUGACGCCAACAUCUCGCGGUUUACGAUCUGCUCUCAAAGAGGAAGAAAUUGAAUUCACGAUGCCAUUGAAGAAACCAUCAUCGGAUGCACAAAAUAAAUCGUUAGAUUCGGGCAAUGAUACACAAAGCAAUAGCUUUUCGAAUUUAUCGGAAGAAAAUGCGGCCGAAACAUCAGCAGAUGGCAUAAACACAAGUGGUAACAAUGACGAAGGUCUCGAUGCCGAUGAUGGUAGCGAGGAGGAAGAAGACGAAGAAAAAUGGCUUGAAAGUAUGGGAGUGGAUAAGUCGGAAAUUAAAAAGAUUCGCACCACCAAUGCUCGACGCGUGCACAAUGAAGAAUGUGCCGAAGACUCAACCGAUCAAUCGAUUUUACUGAUCGAAGGUGUUGAGUGUCAGGCUCUUUUCAAUUUUUUGUUGAAUGCCAAAAGUACAACCACAAGAGUUGGCCGUUUGGCUGGCAUUCCACCGACACUCAUUUCACCCGUUGCAUUUCCCGGUGCUACACUGAAAAACAAUCAAAUACGUGCCAGCAAGGUGCGUGAACAAAACAUCGAUUACCACAGUAUGGAAAUUAGAGGCGUCAUUUUGCCACAUACAUUACAUUAUUUGUGCAAUUUGGUGAGAGAGACAAAAGACCAAUUCAGUAUGACUUCCGUUAAUUUUAAUAGUACAAAUGCUCUGAGCAAAGCUGGACAGAAAAUUAUUGAUGAUUUGAACAAAGAAAACAAAGAAGUGACCACCGAAACUGUAUUUGGUCGCGAGAAUUUAUCCGAUUGUGGUCUUCCAUCAUCUCUACUCCAACCAUUAUGCCGUGUUAGCAAUGACGCCGUUCGUGUCGUAGAGCGAAUGUAUUUUGACAAGGAAUCUGGUGGUUAUAUUUGGUCGGAGAAGAAGUAAAUGUGCCCAGUUACCUAGAUUUUUGUUUAAAAAAUAUCUUCCUUCAAAUAAUCCCAAAUAAUUUAUUAUUCUUGUUUUAAUUACUUUAAGAACAUACGAUGUUCCGAUAAAUAAAUGACUGAAAAUAUGACAAUUUGCAAA